AUGGCAGAAGGCGGCCAGUCAACACCACAGCAGCUCCCGCAACAAGCUACUCCAGAGACACAGAAGGUUUCGGAUGUCAUCCGUAGUUAUCGGCCCACAAAGGUGUUCAAAUCGUCUAAGCAGGACAGCUUUGUAACAUCACUUGAUUUCGAUGAUCGCGGAGAGUUCGUCGUCUCGUCCGGCGACGAUGAAAUAAUCCAAAUCUUCGACGUUAAGGACGGUAGAAUGACCAAGUCCGUUCCUAGCAAGAAAUACGGCGCGCAUCUGGCUAGGUUUACCCAUCAUCCUCGCCAAGUCCUUCACGCGAGUACGAAAGUUGACGACUCAUUGCGAUUGCUCGACUUGCAUAGUGAAUCUUAUAUACGCUACUUCUCAGGCCAUACAGACAGAGUGACGUGUUUGGCGCUAUCACCCGGCAGCGACUCGCUGAUUUCAUGCUCCAAGGAUGAUACAGUCUCUGUCUGGGAUCUGAGCUCUAGGAACGCCCAGGGCAAACUGAAGAUCUCGACUCCAUACCUCGUCGCCUUCGAUCCUACCGCAUCGGUGAUUGCUAUCGCUUCUCAAUCGACCUCUUCCAUUGCUCUUUAUGACUUCCGAAACUACGACAAACCUCCAUUUUCGACCUUCGAUCUCGCCAAGUACGAGGAGAGAUAUACGCCUUCGACCCGUGGCAGAGCAUGGACUCGCCUUGAGUUCUCCAAUGACGGGAAGUACUUACUCGUCGGAACUGACUACCAUGGUCAUUUUGUCCUCGACGCCUUCGAAGGUGAACUGAAGGUUUUCCUAGUUGGCAAGAAUGGUUCACCGGGCAGGGCCGCUCCCGUUUCGGCUACUGGAAAGCCUCUCGGACAGGGAGAUGCGUGCUUCACCCCAGAGGGCAGAUAUGUCAUUGGCGGGUCGGGCGAUCAUCAUGAGUUGGUCGUGUGGGAUCUGCAACAGACUCCAGACACCAACCUCUGUUUGCAGCCAAUGGUCAAAUUACCGCAUCGGGCUCGAACCGCCAUAAUCGAAUACAACCCGCGAUUCAACAUGAUUGCUUCUGCAGAUAAAGAAGUCUACUUUUGGCUUCCAGAAGACCUUUCUAAGCCAGUCUAA